ACCUUUUUGUGUCGCCUCUACGGAGUAGUGGCGACAUAUAGGGAUCACUUCUCCGUCGUCUGUCUGUCCGUCUGUCCGUCUGUCCGUCUGUCUGUCUGUCUGUCUGUCCGUCUGUCCGUCCGUCCGUCACAAAACUUGUCCGGACUACUCCUCAUAAACUACUGGUGCAAUUUCAUCCAAACUUUACAGGAAUGAUCAGUACCAAGUCUAGUUGUGCAUAUUGUCAGGAUUUUCCGGUUCAAUGAUUUUUGUCAGAGUUAUGGCCCUUUAAUAAUUUCUAAUUUUAAAGUUUGUCCGGACUACUUCUCUUAUACCACUAAUGCAAUUUCAAUGAAACUUUACAGGAUUGAUCUGUAGCUCAAGUCCUUGCGCAUAUUGCACGGGUUUUCCGGUUGAAUGAUUUUUGGCUGAGUUAUGGCCCUUUGAUAAAAAGGUUUCUUUUUCUGUGUGUUGCCAGAUACACAAAAGCUUGAUCGGACUACUCCUCAUAAACUACUGGUGCAAUUUCAUCCAAACUUUACAGGAAUGAUCAGUACCAAGUCUAGUUGUGCAUAUUGUCAGCAUUUUCCGGUUCAAUGAUUUUUGUUUGAGUUAUGGCCCUUUAAUAAUUUUUAUUUUUAAAGUUUGUCCACACUACUUCUCUUAUACCACUUAUGCAAUUUCAAUGAAACUUUACAGGAUUGAUCUGUAGUUCAAGUCCUUGCGCAUAUUGCACGGGUUUUCCGGUUGAAUGAUUUUUGGCUGAGUUAUGGCCCUUUGAUAAAAAGGUGUUUUUUUCUGUGUGUUGCCAGAUACGCAAAAGCUUGUCCGGACUACUCCUCAUAAACUACUGGUGCAAUUUUAUCCAAACUUUACAGGGAUGAUCAGUACAAAGUUGUUAGUCUAGUUGUGCACUGUCCGUCUGUCUGUCCGUCUGUCACAAAAUUUGUCCCAACAUGAAAUUGGCCAUCAUGAGGCGACACAUGUGAUUACUGAUCGCUCUUGUUAUCUAGUUAAUAUUACUUUUCAGAUGGAUAGAGAAUAGGUCUGAGUAGAUCUAUAUAUAGAUACUAUAUAAGGAAGUUUUAAAAAGGAAAGGAAGAUACUGUUCGCACAGGCCUAAUGGGUAGUGAUACGGAAAUAACAAACGAUGUACUGAAAAACGAAAAUGACUCUGAUCGAAAAGACGACAACACGAAGCAACAGGGUGGCCUGUAUCAAAUAUUUCACCGGUUGAAGAGCGAUGAGGCAUUUCGUCAACAAAUCGUACACACUUUAAUUCUUGGGUGGUCAUUUAUAGGCUUGGGUUGGUCAGCAGGUAUGAAUGGACCUGUAUUUCCUGACUUGAGACAAAUAAUACAAGAAGAUCUUGCAAAAUCAUCGUGGAUGUUUACAACCGGAUCAUUUGGAUAUCUCUGCGGUUCAUUUAUUGGUGGGAUUUUGUAUGACAAAUUGAAUAAAGUGCUUUUGCUGGCCGUGUCUUCGUUUGGCUCUGGUGUUUCGAUGUUACUUACGCCGUAUUGUUCAUCACUAGCUGCAAUGUUGUUCAUUAAAUUUGCUGGAGGGUUUUUCUUCGGUGGUCUUGAUACAGGUGGUAAUGCUGACAUUAUACAUGUAUGGGGAGCAGAUGUCGACACAUAUAUGCAGGCAUUGCAUUUUGCGUUCUCCAUCGGGACGUUACUGUCACCACUAGCAACAGAGCCAUUUCUAGCAGGAACGUUUGUGACAUGUUACGAGAAAACUAAUAUUACUGUUGAGAAUGCAACCAAUGAAUUUUAUCCAGCUACUACAAACGCAAUGACUGAUAAAUCUACCACAGACACGCCGGUAAAGGAAAAUGUUACCUUAGACAAUUCUUCAAUAUUACAAAUUUGUAACGAAAACUUAGAGGAAACAAAUGUGCAUCAUGCUUUCUUAAUGUCCUCAUUAUUCAUGUUUUCAGCGACUAUUUGUUACAUCUAUCUUUAUAUUAAAACACAAAGAAACAAAAAGAAAAUGACAACAUUACAAGCUAAAGCAAACAGCGAUGGCGACAAAAGUGACAAACGAAAUGAAAUGCCAAUAUAUUUUAAGAUUAUUUUUCUAUCUUUACUUUCGUUACUGAUUUCCUCUUACUGUAUUGCAGAGGAUAGUUUUGCAGGUUUUCUCAUGACAUUUUCGCUUGAUUAUCUCGACUGGGAUAAAUCAACGGGCUCCUAUGCUACAUCCGUGUUCUGGUUCACCUUCUGUGCUGGACGUUUCUGUGGGAUAUUUAUUGUGUCGUGUUGUAAAAAUUCGACAUUGCUGACAACAUACCUUUGUUUCUUUACAUUAUCCUACAUUGCUUUUACAAUUACUACAUUCUUUAAGUUAUUUCCAUUAAUUUGGGUUUCUAUUGCUGCUUUAGGGUUUUCUCUUUCCGUCAUUUUUCCCGCCGUUUUUAGUUGGACAUCUGAGCACAUAAUCCACGUUUCUGGUAAAAUUUCUGCUCUCUUUCUCGUUUCUUCCUGUUUAUCAGGGAUGUUACUCCCUCUAUUGAUAGGAUUUUUGAUGGAAUAUUUUCAUCCAAUGUGGUAUUCCUACGUCUUACUCAUUACGGCCUUGUUCUGUGUAGUUUGCUACGUCAGUAUAAGGGCCGUAAAAAGGUUUUGUCUCAAGACACAAAAUCAUCCCAAAGUGGCAGAAAUUACGGUUGAUAUUGAAAUGACUUUAUUAGAAAAAUAGAUAAUGGAGCAGCAAAUAUUUACGUUUCGGACAUAAACCUACAAUUUUUUUAAAGUUAAGUAUUUCAGGGCUUUGAAAAACUUCAACAAAGGAAGUCUUUUUGUUAUUUAUACUUAGACUUUAGACAAAUUAUUUUAAUUUCCUAUAUUUCUGUUGAAUUUGUAAAGAUUGUUAUUGUUUUUUUUCACUUCAACUUGAUUUGGUAUAUUUGUGUAAAGGUUAUAAAUUGUUACCCUCCACAUUGGCUUUCCAAAAGUACUAUUUAUUUUAUAAUAAAUAUUUGAAAAUAGUCCUGAGUCUACUUAAUAGACCUGAUAAAAAGUGCAGCAGAGAGACAUGUCAAAUAAUAUCAAUGAAUAUGAUAUAUAAAUGAUAUCAAUAAGCUUACAUCUUCUUACUUUUGAAUAAUAUAUGAUUUGUCAGAGAGUUUAAGAAAGAGGAGAAUAUGCGGAACCAGCAAUAAGUAGAAGGAACUUAACAGCCUCAACAGCAUUCAAUAAAUUACUUUCAGUUGAAAUCGUAUUUUGUUAUGCUUGCAGUUAUAAAUCAAAAGUAAACUAUCUUCAAAUUUAUGUUUUGUCAACUUUUAAUUUUGUAAGAUGUACCUAUAACUUGGUAAUUCAUACACCUGUCUCCACUUGCCCUCCAUUACAAGUCCUCCUUUCCUAUGUUACUUAUCCAAUCCACGCCCUCAUGAUACAUAAGAGUCGGUUAUUUCCCCUUUCGUAGCCACUUGCAACUGAUCUGAUGCAUAAUAGGUAUGUCCCUCCUUCACGUACCUACUCUUCACCUCCCUGAAGCAUAUGAAUAAAUACAUCCCUUUAUAUGCUCCAGUCGUACUUAUGCAAAACACUCACUACUUCACUCUGUUACCUAGCCACUCUGAUACUGAAGAGCCGGUACAUCCUUCCCUUACUUAGCCACUCCCU